AUGGUGAGCUUGGGGCAUUUGCUCGCGGCCUGUGCCGUGCCGGUCUUUGGGAUUGCCUCCAUUGCUACACCCGCGGGUGUGGGAGGUGGCAUUCUGUAUGUUCCUCUGCUGAUCCUCACGGGCGUGGCCUCGCCUCGCCUGGCCGCGGUGCUUGCGUCCUCCACCAUCGUGGGGGCGGCGCUGGCUGGCAAUAUCUUCAACGUUAUCUGGCAGCUACGACAUCCGAAGAAUCACCUCUUGGACAGCCAACUUGCUGUAGCCAUGAUCUCGCCGGCACUGGCUGGCAACCUGGUAGGAACUAUCCUGAACCAAGCUCUACCGAAAGCUGUUAGUCUGCUUCUGCUACUGCUCAUCAUCGGACACUCAGUCGUCGGAGCGUGCGGCCGGGCGCGCAAGAUGUGGCAGGUGGAGAGCCUUCAGAAAGCCCUGCCUCCACCAGUUCCAGCGGUUGAGCUUGGCAACCGCCUGGACUUUGAAGGUGCAAGCGCGAGGACCGAGCCAGAUGAGGAUGCUCCCUAUCACCAAGUCUCCUUCUUCCAAGAAGAACAUAGUCAGUCAAGCCUGACCCGACGGCGCGGCGAAAGCGCGCCAAGCGAAAUGCCUAGUGAGCCUGCUGUGGAGGACGUCGCCAAUGCAUGGGGAUGGGUGAAGUUCCUGGGCAUUUGGCUCUGCAUGAUCCUAGUGAUCGUCCUGCGGGGCGGAGAGGGGCAGUCCGUCGCUCACGUCCAAAGCUGCUCCUGGGAGUACUGGGCCAUCACCGGCUUCGGCUUCCUUCUGCUGGCGGGCGGCGGCCUGGUGACCCGCACCCCCGAGGUGAGCUGCGUGCUGUGCGUGGCCACGGGGGCGCUGAGUGCCAUGGUGGGCAUUGGGGGCGCCAUCGUGCUGAACCCCAUGAUGGUGAAACGCGGCGUGGAGGUGCAGACGGCCACGGCCACCGCCAGCCUGCUGGUGCUGGCCAUGAGCACCACCACCAGCGCCUUGUUCAUGCUGGGCGGCGCCAUGCCGCUGAUGCCCGCCCUCGUGCUGGGCAUAGCGGCCUUCCUGGGGUCCUUGUGUGGCAAAACCGUGGUGGGCUGGCUCGUGAGCCGGACAGGCCGCACCUCCCUCAUCUUGGUUCUGCUGGCGGGCUUCAUCUUCAUCUCUGGCAUCGCAGUCCUUACUCAGGGGGUCAAGGAUACCAUUCUGGAUGUGGAGGCUGGCAAUAACCCCUUCUCAGGCUUCAAGCAGCCUUGUGCAAGCACCUGA